GCAAUUCCCAAUCCAUAAAUCCCUCCACCAAAAAUAGAAAAAAUAGAAACGGCACAAUAACGCAUCGUGUUUUGGUACUCCUCCUCCUCCCUCUCCGACAAGUCCCCUGGUCCGUUCUGGGACCUACCCGGCGUCGUCUUCAGUGGAAUCGUGAAGCCCAUCCAAAUCCUCGAAAUCAUAAAACGCAGACAAGAUAAAAGUGCUGGAGACAAACGUUACUGCAAGAAAGAAUGCACAGUUACUAAUUCUCUCAUUACUCAUUUACAAUUGCGAGAUAAGGGAAACGCUAUUGAACCUGCAUUGCGAAGAACUGAAUUCACAAUUCUUGAAAGAACACCGCCACCGGAUGCCGCGAAGAAGAAGCCACCCGUUACUUCGAGUCCUACUCAGAAUCAUCAAAUUCAAAUUAUGAUUUACGUGACACUGAAGGACAUUAUCUCCAUACGGUCGUUAAACUUGUUGAGAGAGCUGGAUUCAAACUGAAGGAAUUUCGGGCCUGGUUGCUAGUGUUAGCAGGACUAUCUACAUAUAUAGCUUAAGCUUUUGGCCAAAGUAUUUUCCUGGGACGCAACAUGGAAAGUCCCCACUCUGUGAACAGUCCAAGAAGAACUCUCAGUCUGUCAAAGCAGCGGAGGGCAACUGUGUCCUUUUUUGACCCUGAUGACAAAACCUCUGGCUUCGGAUUGUCUGGCGAUCAUGGCCCUAAGCCUUCUGAAGUUUAUGGUUUUGUAGGUUCUAUUACCACUGUUGUUGCUACAGUUAUUUUCUUCAUAUGGGCAUAUGUUCCAGAAUCAUGGCUACAAUCUACUGGCAUAUCGUACUAUCCUAGCAGAUAUUGGGCUUUAGCAGUACCAACAUAUGUGAUGGUGACCAUUGUUUUGAUGCUGGGAUUCUACAUUGGUCUUAACUUCAUUUCAACACCUUCGCCUUCUUCUUUAAACACAGUUUUUGAUGAAUUCAGUAGAGAUCCUUCGAGUAACGAGUGUUCUCUAGAAGAUGAAAAGCCCAUCGAUCCCAUUUCAGAUAUCGGCCUUGACAGAAUCAAUGAUAUUAUGUUCAAUAAUGCAACCUAACAAUCACAUAUCUCCAAUGCUGUUAUGGUGGGAAUUGCUGUCAAGCAAGUUCUGCUAAUUUGGGUUAUAGUAGGAGAAGCUAUAGCUACAGAGGUGAAGUUUAUUAAGCUGGUGGUGUGAGAGAAUGAUUUCAUUCCAUCUUACCGUAGAAUUUCCUUUUAAUGCUGAUUUUGUUAGGUCUAGUUUUUAAAAGCUGUUAUCUGCUUAUUUUGGAGUUUUGAACCUUGCUACUCGAUGAAUUGGCGGUUCUAGAUAAGGAAACGGCCUCUUUGUUUAUGGGGGAAAUAUUAUGUA